AUGCUUUUCCAUCCAGUUAGCACCGGAGUCUGGUCUGGUGUCACCGCACCCUUCAGAGGCCAGGAGGGAGGUGCUACAGCUUUCAAGCAUGUAGCUAUCUCUUCUGUGCGCACACUCUUUGACAAUCUUUCUGUAGAGCAGAUCCAACAUGUCCUUCCAGCCAGCUCUGUCCUAAAAUCUUACGAAGAACACAUGCAACAACACAAGAGUAUACCCAACAUUCUAAAACUUCAUGAUGGCACCCAAGCUCUCUGGUUAGGUAACCCAGAGGCUGAUAAACUCAUCAUCUAUAUCCCCGGUGGUGGCUACUGCAUCCCCGCGCUACCAAACCACUUCAGCCACGUAGAGGCCCUCUCCACCGACCUCAAAAAUCACGGCAACGACAUAGGCGUGCUCUUCCUUAUCUAUGAUCUGGCCCCAGGUGCUCAGUGGCCCCGCCAAUUAGAGCAGGCAGUUGCCCUUCUACGAUAUGCCAUCGAGACGUUGGGAAAACGACCGUCCGACAUCGUACUCCAAGGCGAUUCUUCUGGCGCUCAUCUUGCUCUGGCGGCCCUGUCGCAUCUCGCUCAUCCUAGAAUUGAAGGUAGUGUGCCGGCCUUGUCGCUCAGUGAAUACCUCGGUGGCGCCAUGCUGCUGUCUCCCUGGAUAGACUUCCGGACUCAAUAUGAGAGCUACAGCAAGAAUGCAGAUCGAGAUUUCAUAUCGUCAAAACCUCUUGGUCUCUGGGCGCACGCAGUGAUGGGUGAUGUUACACCAGACGAGUAUAGUCACCCUACGCAGGCGCCAGCGGGCUGGUGGCGGGACCUUCCUGUUGCGAGGAUCUUUGUUGGAGUGGGAGGUGACGAAGUGCUUUUGGAUUCAAUCGUAGCAUUUGCGGAGAGGCUGAAGGUAUAG